CGGGACUAUACACAGAUUUAUAUAAUAGUCACCACACACACACACACACACAGGUCCGUCGCGACAGCAUGACACAGCACAACACAUGGAGCACCACACAAUGCCAUCAAUGCAGUCUCACGAUGGGGGUCCGGUCCAAGGACACCACACCACCUACUCGUACCUACCGUGCCGACCAACGAAACAAACGGACGUACACACCCGUCUGUCUUAUCACAUCAACCAGCCCAUGUUUUCUCUCUCUCACACGUACCCUACACCACACCACACGGCGAAAAACUGCCGAUCCAAUCCAACACCCAUCUCACCCUCUCUUCUCUCCCCCUCUCUGUCUAGUCUACUAGACAUGACCGUGAUAGCUGAUAGGGCUCGGCGGCCGGUAGUUGUCUUCCCUGGAGCCAAUCUCUACAGAGCUCUUGGCGCGCCCCACAUGCGUCGAUAAGCCCAUCCGCAUCUGCUGCUGCACGGGGUGGUGUCGAGCCGGAUACGGCGCCAUGGUCGCCAUCCUCGGCGGCGGGUCGAUCAAGGGCGGGUAGGUGGUGAUGUCCGGCGGCCCUGCGCCCAUGGGGGACGUCCGGCGAAACACAGCAGGAGGGGGAGGGUGCCGCCGCAGGCACCGCCAGCACAAGUAACACCCCACCAGGUUGACGGUCACCAGCGCUAUAACCACCACGCCAAAGGCCAUCAGCAGGUCGUGCCACUUCUGCCAGAAGGGCCGAUGGUGCGGUGCAGGGGUGGGCUCGGGCGGCUCGGGCGCAUUGUGCUGUGCCGGGCCAUCCCCGUCAGGUGCCAGCUGUGGACUGGUCACGUUGGCCGUGUGUGGGGGUCGGCUGCCCGCCCGCUUCCCAGGUGGCUGGGGGAAUGGGGGGAGGGGCUCGGUGGGCAGGGCGUGGUGAGAGAGAGGGGAGAAAGCGGCGACGGUCUGGUUCGCUGAGGGCGGCGCAGCGCUGCCCUUCUUGGCCUCCUUCCUCUCGUUCGCCUCGCUCUGUCUGGCGGUCUUCUCCGUCGUCGAGUAGUGGACGAACUCCCGCCGCGCAUCGGUGAGCUGCAAAAACAGGUGCACCUGCACCAGCCGGUUGGUCAUGGACCGCACCACCAGAUAAAAGAUGUCGUCGCUCAUGUCGGAUGCGUCGAAGUCCACCCGCUUCUCGCACCUCCGCACCCCCACACUCAUCCCCGGCAGCACCAUGCCGCACGAGCCGUCAUCGAGAUACGAGAAGACCUCCCCCUCUCUCGCCAACCUGUAGUCGGGCUCGCGCAUCAGAAACGCCUGGAUGCUGUCAUAGCGGUCGGCGAGCACCUCGAAGGACAGGGACGUCGCUGUCGUGCCGCGACCGGCUGUGUGGGCGAAGAAGCUCAUCCAUCCAACGUCGCCUGUGUGCCGCAGUGCGAGUGUGGUGGAGCACUUGAUGAGGGCGCCCGGCCGAGGGCAUCGCACGGGCACCUGCCGCUUGAAGAAGGGCUUGGCAGAUGCCGUGUGGACGAGAAGGUGGACCAGCAGCCGGGCAAGGACGGAGGAUGGCCGUGAAGGUCGUCGAUUUGCAGCCGUUUCUGGUGAUGAACAUGGCGAUGGCACAUGGUCAGACGGUCCUGUGCAAUCACCAGCAGGCUCCUCCAUCUUCGUGGUGCCAGCCAUGUCGGUCUGCACUGCAUCCAUCUGCACUUCUUGAUUCCCCCAGAUCUGUCCUCAACAGCAUCAGGUGAGCGCCGUGUGACUGGG